GCGGCGGGGCCUGCGGCGGCGGCGGGGCCGUACCUGGAAGCAAUUCUGAGCCCAGUCAGUUGUGAUCCAUGGCUACAGUGCUCGUAUGCCGAAGAUUUCCGAGGCUGAGCAGGGUGACCUCAUUUUCAACUGCAGCCAAGUGCAAGGCCAAGAGUGGGAACAGCAGGAAUAAGCAGGAAAAGGAGGAGGACCCAGGAGCAGCCAGCACUGGAACGGAACCGGCGGCUACAAUCCAGCUGCUGAAUCCCCUGGACUACAGAGUGUCGUACAAACCAUCUGCCUACACCAAAGGCAGAGCUGCUUCCCAGCAGGAUGCUGCUCAGAGCAGUGGCCAGGCCUUGGGUGACAAUUUGACCAGCCCUGGCACCACACAGGUUCAGCCUGCCUUUGGUACCAGCUCUCCUCCAGCUCUGCCAGCCCUCAGAAAUGCCGAGGCCAAGCCCAGGUCCAAGCUGCUCCUCCAGCAGACCAUCUCGGCCUGUCUCUCUGCCAAGGAGGAAGCAGAAAUGGAAAAAAGGGAGACACAUGACUCCAAGGAGGACCCUCGUGUGUUUCAGAAGGGCAGGCCUGAGUACAGAUCUCUCAGCUAUGACAAGUCAGAGCCCGUGGAGGCCCUUCCUUUAGAAGAAGGUGACUCCAUUUUACGCAGCGUGGCCGCGUGCGAGGGCAGCCCGAGCCCAGGAGCCAUCGCAGAGUCUUUUCUCAAGCUGAGCCGUUUGCCAGCGGAACAACACGCAGCCUUGUUGUCCAAACCCAGCUUUCACACCCUUUGUCACUCUGCUGCUGGGAACCUGGGGUCGUUCAGCACUGCAGAGCUGGUGGACCUCCUAAAGGCCUGCGUCCGUCUGGUGCUUCCACCCGCCCACCCUCUGCUGGACGCCUGCGAGAAGGAGUUCUGCCGGCGGGUGUGGGACAUGGAGCUGGAGCAGCUGCUGCUGGUGGCAGAUUGCUGGCGCUGCCUGGAGCGCAGCGUGCCCUCCUACCUCAGCAUCUUGUUCAGCUACACCAACCUGCACUGGAAAGACCUCACCCUGCCCCAGUUCGUGCAGCUCCUUUACAUCAUCGGGGAAGGCCGGAGGGCACCUGCGGACUUGGCGCAGAAGGUGGAGAGCACGAUUUUGAAGCACUUGGACUCCUUCACCUUGGAGGAGGUGGGUGCCAUCUGCUUAGGGCUCUUCAAGUCCCUCAGUGGCAUCUCUGAGCACGUCAUGAGGAGGAUUGCAGACCGAGUCUCCCUGCAGAUGGAAGGCAUGAGCACCUACGCUUUGGUGAACGUCCUUAAAAUGCUCCGCUACGCUCGCGUGGAUCACCUGCCCCUCCUGAGGGAGCUUGGGAAGGUUGUUCCCGCCCGGAUUCCUAGCACAAACAUCCAGGGCAUCAUGCACAUCACCCUUACCUACUCAUCCCUGCACUACUUUGAUGAAGGUGUCAUGGCUGCAGUGGCCAAGUCCUUGCCUGCUAAGGUGACUUACUGCCGAAGCAAAGAUGCUGCCAAGUUCUUGUGGUCCUUUGGGUGCCUGGACUAUGAACCUCCAAACGAGGAAGAGUUCUACUCCAGCCUGAUAGAGCAGAUGCAUAGAAAACUCCAUGAAUUUAGGAAGUUUCCAGAGCAUCUCCUUACUGGUUUGCUGGGCCUGGCAUUUGUCAAACGCUUCCCAGAGGAGCUGAUAGACUAUGCCUUGAGGGAUGAGUUUGUCCAGAAAACGAGAAGUAGUAAAUACGAGCUCAGAAAGGACCUCUUCACCCUCAGCAAGAGCGUUGAAAUUGAGUGUCCAGGCUACCAAGGCAGCCGCCUUUCACCCCAGCUUCAUCAGGAGAUGACUGAGAUGGUCUUGAAUUUUGCAGAGCAAGAGAUCUAUGUCAGGCCUGAAAUCGUGGAGGCCACCUCUCUGCUGGAGAGCAUGUUGGGUGGCCCUGAGUAUGUGAAGAGCCACAUGAUCCUGCCUCACACCAGGUCGAGCGAUCUGGAGGUUCAUUUGACCAUGGAUGGGCAUCCCAUCCCUUUCAACUCAAAAGGCUUCCUUGCAGAUAAGAAACUGAAAUACACUGGGGUUAGUCUGACGGAUGACUUAAUGACUCAGCUUCUCCAAGGGGGCUGUAAGAAGCUGGAUGGGGAAAAUGGAGCCAGGACUCCUGGUCGGCAGAGAAGGGACGGAGCACCAACGGAGCAUCCUGCUGCAUUUUCAGGGAGACCUCUUACCACAGACACCAGGUGGCAAGCUGAGCCUCCAACGGGGGGCUACCUUGGAGCCCCCCUUCCUCCUGCCUUGCAGCAGCAGCAGCCCCAGAGGCUGAAGCUGGCUGUCCAGGUGUCCAACAGGAACCACUACUGCUACUGCUCCAAGCGGCUGCUGGGGCUGCACUGCCUGAAGCGGCGGCAGCUCCGGCAGCUGGGCUACGUGGUGCUGGAGCUGCCCUUCUGGGAGUGGUUCCCCCUGCUCAGACACACACGUCUGGAGAAGCUCAGCUACCUCCAGUACAAAGUGUUCGACCCAGCUCUGCUCAGCAAGGCUGGCUGACCUGCUGGCCUGCUCUCUCUGGGGCUGACCCAGCCCCCCCAGAUGCAUCUCUCGGUCUGGUUACUGAUUACUGGUCUCUCAGUGUUGGUGAAGUUUUUGGUGCCCUGGCUGCCCCAGAUGCCUUGCUAAGUUGGCCAAAUCCCCUCUGCUGACAGCCACGUGUCCCGUGCUCUCCUUCUGGAUGUAGCUCCUCAAAUGCUUCCAUGACAAAUAAAAACUACAGCCCUGGGCAUUUUUCUCCGUGAUUACUUGUUUCUCUGUGCUAAAGAAAAGUGGAUGGAUGUGGUGACUCUGUGAGAGCAGAGCAGUGGUGUCUGGGAGAGAACUGGGGUGAUUGUUAGUCAUGAAGUUAAUCUGGGUGCCAGGAACACACAUCUGUGUCUCCUCCCUGUUUCCAUCUUGGGCAGGCUGGGGUUGGUGGGCACACAGGCUGAGUUUUUCCUUUAGGAGAGCAGGACAGAGCCUGAAAGCAGAGUGAAGAGGUGGAAUCUGGAGCUGAGAGUUGAGCUGCUCUGCCUCUGAGAUGUUGGUUUGAUGCUCAGCUCUGCCAGCAGAGCCUGGCAGAGAGGAGUGGGCAGCUCAUUUUGGCUGCCUGGUUUAAAAUGUCUGGGCUGGUUUUUUUCCUUCUCCCUCAGAUACUCAGCAGUUUGAAGUACCUUGGUUCCAUGCCCACUGUGCCUGUUCCAUACUGCUGCACCUCCCUGGUUGUCUGUAGGACACCAGAAGGGCUCUUAGUGACUUCCCUCUAAAAAGCCUGGGUUUGAAUUACUGUUUUCAAGACCAUGGAGCAUCUUGCUGGCAUAGAAGAAUAACAGACCUUCAGGUUUGUGUUUCACCACCUCAGCUGAAAGGCCCUUGUUCACCUUGGAGAAAUGUACCCAAGAGAGAUGAGAGAGUUGUGUGACAUCCUGAUGGCACUUUGUAGUCUUGGAGUCCUUCCUGAGUCAUUAGUUUUGCCAAGUAAUGACCUCAGUAAUGCAGUUUUCUGGGUGUUGUGUUUUUAAGGUGUUCAUCAACUCAGACCCUCCAUGUUACAGCCACCCGGGCUGUCACCAGCACAGGUGACCUCCACACAAGUUCAGGGCAUGGUGGCAGCAGUAGCCAGGGGAAGCCACAUCCACUGUCCCAUCUAUUCUUCCAGACCUUUUUACAGUCUGCAUUUCCCCAGCUCUUGCUUCAGCCCAGGCUCUU